CAAGGUUCUGAUCUCAGACGACCGGAAUUAUAAUCUUUGAAAUCCAACGGUGGGAGUGGGUAUGGCUUCGGUUGGGACCUUUAAUGCCUUAAUAAAGGAGGUCGCAUUUGGCCUCAAGUUAUGUUACAUCGACUUAAAAAUCAAUUUCUGGUAUGAAAGAUACUUAACACAACAUUACAUUCACACGGAGUGCUUCGGCUGCAAGCUAUUCCGUUCCAACAUCUCUCCAGUCGUUUCUGUGAUGGGGGAGUCGCUCGAUGACUGGAGAGAAUUCUUCAGGACGACGGUGACCGACGUCUUUGAGUUCAUCGACAAGGCCAUCACGAUCGCCGCGCUUGAUUGCCCCCAAGAUUUUCUGUCUCAAAGAGGCCGUAUCGCAGAGCAGCUGUUCUCGUGCGGGACAGCUCGCGAUGGAGGUGACUGUGCAGCCGAGAGUAAAGAAAGCAAGGCGAACGGCGACACAGGUAAUGCUGCGAGCAGUGUGGGCAGCAUAAAGCACGGUGAUGGAGAAGCCGAAUCAUUCGGCAACAAUAUCGAAGAGGCCUCUCUAGUUGUCUGUGAAGUUCUAAGGAUCAAGCAGGUUUUGGACAAUAGCCGGCAUGAGUCUGAGUCCGCGCUGCUUGAAUCGUUGAGAAGACUCCGAUCUAUGACUAUUACUCUAAAAACAUUGAAGAAAACUAAGAUCGGGAUAAGUGUCAACAGUCUCCGAAGGAACUGCGGAUCAAAGCUGAUUGCUCAGCUUGCCCACGACAUUACUAUGAGAUGGAAGGCUAUGGUCGAAGAGAUAAGCCGCAGCACAGAGGAUGUUGCUGAUCCUUGCAACGUUGGAGACAGAACGACAUCUUCCGUCAAGAACAUCAGGAAACCAGGACAAGAACAGUGCGACGUCAGCCAGGCAGGUUCACUAGCUGACAGGAACCGGAGGCUGAAUGUGAACCAGCACCGAGGCACUGUGAAGCCCAAUAUGUCCUCAAACGCUGACCCGAGAACAAUCCCCCAAAGCGAGAUUGUGUCGCGGAAGUUUGAGAAGGAGAGAAUGCUUCGGUCUCAAAAGUCGAAUGAAACUGUCACAGGGGGCAAAAGACCACUUGCCAGUCGACAGAACAUCAAAUGCUCCAACAAAGUCGUAGCAGAGGUGGGGUUUGAAUCCAGCGAGAGGGAGACACAAGAACUUCAUCGAAAAGCAGAAACAGACAAAAGGCGUCGGACGGUGCUGGUAUUGGAUCUAUGUGAUCUCCCAAAGAUGGCGACGAGUCUUAAGGCUCCGUGCACAACAACUAGGAAAGCUCAUCGGCAGAGGGUGCUUUCGCAGAGCCUGGUAUCAUCCUUCUGAAGACCAAAAGUACAGAGCCAACAAUUUUGCACAGAGAGACCAAAGUUACUGGACUGGUAAUCAAGCAAGAGUUCUAUAGUUUAUAGUUUUCUUCUUAGUUGAAGCCAAUUAAAAGCUCUGGGAGCUAAUCAAUAGAGUCCUGUUCUAGGAGGUAAUGUUGAUGUGUUUGCCGGAAAUUGUAUCUAGCGACCUGUAAUCAAGACUUUAAUUUCUCAGCUAUAAGAACCUAGUUUGCUUUUACA